CCCUGGUCCUGGUCUUGGUCCUGGUCCUGGUCCUGGUCCUGGUCCUGUCUCUAGACUGAGGCUUUUUUUUUUUUUUUCAUUUGAAACAUUUUGGAUCAAACUGAAUCUUUGUCAGAGGGAGGAGCUGGUGCUGAACCUUUGAGCAGGUUUCAGACUAACCUGGGACCAGUGAGUCUAGAGCAGGUUUCAGACUAACCUGGGACCAGCGAGUCUAGAGCAGGUUUCAGAAUACCAACCUGGGACCAGCGAGUCUAGAGCAGGUUUCAGACUACCAACCUGGGACCAGCGAGUCUAGAAGAAAGUUUCAGACUACCAACCUGGGACCAGCGAGUCUAGAAGAAAGUUUCAGACUACCAACCUGGGACCAGCGAGUCUAGAGCAGGUUUCAGAAUACCAACCUGGGGCCGGUGGUGUUUACUAGAGGACACGUCCUCUGUGGUAUUUCCGACCUCGUCCAGUUGAAUUGAAGGAAGUGUGGCUCGCUGCCUCUUUCCUCCCUCAGACUUCCCUUCAGUCUUCACUCUGAAGCUGGAGGACGAACAUGGACGCUCUGAUCCUCGCUCUGAUCCUGGUCUCCAGCUCUGCCCACUCAUCAACACUUAAACCUCUGAAUGUCUCCAGCGCUGUUGACGCCGUCACACGUCCUGACCCGAAUCCACCUCAGACUGAAAGAACCAGAAGCAGCAUUUACAGUUUCAGCACAGAUGUGAACAACAUCAGCAGACAUCCAACCAGGAGGUCACCGAGUUCUGGUUCAGAUCCACAGAUCACUGCAUCACAUGGAGGAAACACUGGGGUCACCACAGUCCGCUCACUCCUACCAGAGUCUGGAACAUCUCCAGGUAGGACCGAGUCUAGAACUGGGUCUAGAACAUCUCCAGAUAGGACCGAGUCUAGAACUGGGUCUAGAACAUCUCCAGAUAGGACCGAGUCUAGAACAUUUCCAGAUAGGACAGAGUCUGGAACAUUUCCAGAUUGGACCAAGUCUAGAACAUCUCCGGAGAGGACCGAGUCUAGAACAUUGCCAGAUCUGACCGAGUCUAGAACAUCUCCGGAUAGGACCGAGUCUAGAACAUUUCCAGAUAGGACCGAGUCUAGAACAUUUCCAGAGAGGACAGAGUCUAGAACUGGGUCUAGAACCUCUCCAGACACCACAGAGACCAUUGCAUUGUUGUCCCACACUGGUCUCCUGUGGACUAGAGCUGGACCAGGUCUGGUUUUGAAGUCUGGAGGAUCGACAGACGUCACGUUUAGGUCUGAGACGUCGUCUGAAUCCACAUCUUCUGUUUCUGAGUCAAAUCCAGACCCAGCAUCUACAACAAAUCCACUUACCGACAGAUUCUCCCCCACCUCCAACACCGCCUCCAACACCGCCUCCAACACCGCCUUCAACAUGGCCUCCAACACCGCCUCCAACACCGCCUCCAACACCAUCUCCAACAUGGCCUCCAACAUGGCCUCCAACAUGGCCUCCAAAACCGCCUCCAACAUGGCCUCCAACAUGGCCUCCAACAUGGCCUCCAACACCGCCUCCAAAACCGCCUCCAACAUGGCCUCUAACAUGGCCUCCAACACCGCCUCCAACACCGCCUCCAACAUGGCCUCCAACAUGGCCUCCAACACCGCCUCCAACAUGGCCUCCAACAUGGCCUCCAACACCGCCUCCAACAUGGCCUCCAACAUGACCUCCAACACCGCCUCCAACAUGGCCUUCAACACCGCCUCCAACACCGCCUCCAACAUGGCCUCCAACACCGCCUCCCCUCAUCCCCCUUCAAUGUCUACAUCUGUCGUGGAGGCAGAUCCCCCAUCCACCCAUCCCAACCUGCUGACCUCUUACCAGACUCCUCCCACAGCUACUGGAUCCACAGAUCAUCCACAGCCCUCUGCACCAUCACCAAGUCUGACCAAUGCACCAACCACAGUUCCACCAGCGACAACAGAACCAGCACCACCACCCACAACCACUCCACCCAAGCCAUCCUCCAGCAUCAAACCUCGUUCAACUACAAAUGCAUUUCAGACCACCACCUCUGAACCAACCAGUAGUCCUGACACAACCACCACCUCUGAACCAACCACCACCUCUGGACCAACCACCACCUCUGAACCAACCACCACCCCUGAACCAACCACCAUUCCUGAACCAACCACCACCCCUGAACCAACCACCACCUCUGAACCAACCACCACCUCUGAACCAACCACCACCCCUGAACCAACCACCACCCCUGAACCAACCACCACCCCUGAACCAACCACCAUUCCUGAACCAACCACCACCUCUGAACCAACCACCAUUCCUGAACCAACCACCACCCCUGAACCAACCACCACCUCUGAACCAACCACCACCCCUGUCCAGACCUCUGAGGGUCCACGCUGCCUGGCUAAUCUGACGGAGAUCAACUCCAGCACCGACUCAGCCCUGGUGAAGGUGACAUCAGCCGGUCUGUCCUGUAACUUCAGCCUGGUGGUUGGAGGAAAGUCCUGGUCUGAUGCCUCCUACUGUAAGAUGGACGGAGAUGGCUUAAGUUGCCAGAUCAUGGGUCUAGAACCUGGAACUCUAAACAACAUCACAGUGACUUCCAGGAAGGACGGGGUGACGAGCAACGCUUCAGUACGGACAGCUCCGUCCCCCGUGGACAUGCUGCAGGUGGAGUCUGUGUCCUCAGACAGCCUCGGCGUGUCCUGGCAACUCGGGCCGGGCCGGACGGAGAACCUCAGGGUUCUGCUAACAGAUCCGGACAAAGUUGUUGUGAAGAACGUCUCUGUGAGGACCACCGUGUCCUUCGUUCAGCUGGAUGGCCUGCAGCCCGGUACCCGGUACACCAUCACCAUGGUAACAGAGGCGGUUGGCCUGCAGAGCUCCGCCUCCACACCAGCUGUCACAGUCCCAGCAGCUGUUUCAGGUCUGAUCCUCAACAACAACGGCAGCUCAGAGAGUCUGAGGGCGUCCUGGUUCUCACCUGGAGGGGGGGUGGAUGCCUACCUGGUGACCCUGUGGGCGCCGGGGUUCCCCCAACAGCGACAACAUCAGCGCCUGCCCCCCAACGCCACCCAGGCUCUGUUUGAGGGUCUGACCCCUGGACGCUGCUACCAGCUUUUAGUCAACGUCACCGCUGGAGGUCGGAGCUCAGAGACAAGGACCAGGGGCUGGACGGUUCCGGACCAGGUCUCGGAUCUCUCCAUGUCCAGUGACUCCACAUCAGUCCGUCUGACCUGGUCUCCACCUGAAGGAGACUGGGACCGGUACAGCGUCCGGCUGAUGAACGGCUCCGUGGUUCUGGUGAAUGAGACCGUGGGUAAACGGGUCCGACAGCACAGCUUGUCCAUCCCUGGUCUGGGCCUCGUACCAGGACGAGUCUACGCCGCCGAGGUCACGGUUCACAGCGGCAUCCUGGGAAACACAGCACGCUGCAGCGGGCGGCUAGCACCACGGCCCGUUCAGCAUCUGAUCGUCCGUCAGGCCGAUGAAGUCUCUCUGGUCGUCUCUUGGACCCGUCCUCUAGGACAGUGGGACGGCUUCACGGUCCUCCUCAGACGGGCGGAGACCCCCACCCUGGUGGCCCAGAGGCUGCUCAGCGUGGAGGCUGGAGAGUGCUCCUUCAGGACCCUGACCUCGGGGCGCCGCUACACCGUCACUGUCACAACCAACAGCGGAAACCUGACCAGCUCGGCCUCGGUGGCGGCGUGGACCACUCCGGCUCAGGUCAAGCAGCUGCAGGUUUCUAAUGGGGGCACAACCGACAGCCUCCAGGCUCAGUGGGAACGGGCGUCCGGAGACCUGGACUCCUACCAGGUCCUGCUGAUCCACGACAGCAGCGUGAUCAAGAACCAGAGCGUCAUGGCCGACACCAGCAGCAUCAGCUUCAGGACGCUGAGGCCCGGAGCCCUGUACCGGGUGGUGGUGACCACCGUCAGGUCGGGACUCAUCUCCAGACAGACGGUGGCAGAGGGACACACAGUUCCAGCUGCUGUGAGUGACGUGAGGAUCAGUAACAACGGUCGGACCGACUUCCUCACUGUGUCGUGGCGUCAGGCGGAUGGUGACGUGGACAGUUACCUGGUUGCCCUGAGCGACGGGGAAAGGACACUUCACACCUUAGCCAUCUCCAAGUCCAGUCCUGGGUGUGUCUUCAACUCCCUGGUGUCCGGACGUCUCUACAACGUCUCCAUAACCUCCUGCAGCGGCCGCUACCAGAACCACACCUCCAUCCAGGAGAGAACCCAACCGGCGAAGGUCCAGAACCCCACGGCGACCCAUGCUGCUCGGGACGACUACCUCAAGGUCUACUGGCGCCAUGCUGCCGGAGACCUGGACCUGUACCAGGUGUUCAUCAAACACAACAACGUGUUCCUGCAGAACAAGACGGUUCUGAAGACCCAGAACGAAUGUGUGUUCACUGGACUGGUACCGGGCCGAUUGUACACAGUUCUGGUCAACACCUGGAGUGGGAAAUACGAAGCCAGCACCUCCACCGACGGCAGGACUUUCCCGGCACCGGUCCGCUCCCUGGUUCUGGAGGAACGGGGGACCGAGGAGUUGCAGGUGGCCUGGCUGGCGGCUCCAGGUGAUGUGGAUCACUAUGAGGUUCAGCUGCUGUUCAGUGACAUGAAGGUGUUUCCCCCCAUCACUCUGGGCAGCGGCGUGGGACAAUGUGUCCUGAAGUCGCUCACACCUGGACGACUUUAUAAGAUCCUGGUUUCUACCUUCAGCGGCCCCAACCAGAGGGCCCAGUUCAUCGAGGGCCGCACAGUCCCCAGUAAAGUGAAGAACAUCCAUGUCAGUAACAGUGGAGACAGCAGCAGUCUGAAGGUGAGCUGGACGCCAGGGCCGGGGGACGUGGACGGAUACUCGGUCUUCCUGUUCAGAGACAGCCGUCAGCUAAGUGUCCGACCCGUCCUCAAACACCAGAACGAGGUGACGUUCGGUUCUCUGCAGCCAGGACAGAAGUACGAAGUGACGGUUCAGUCAAUGAGUGGAGAUCUAGAGAACAACAACACCGCGGCCGGACGUACAGUGCCCUCAGCAGUGACGGGGCUUCAGGUGGACGCCCUCCACUCCACCUCCAGCCUCCAGGUGAGGUGGCAGGAGGCUCUGGGCGUUGCAGAUGGAUACAUCCUGCAGCUUCUGGACGACAGAGGAAGUCUGGUGAUGAACUCCUCUCAGCCCUCUGGACACACCUGGUCCAGGUUCCACGACCUCACCCCCGGAAAGAAGUACCGGGUCCUGGUCCAGACUACGAGUGGAGAGGUCCACAGCAGGGGAGUCAGCACCGAGGCUUGGACAACCCCAGCGGCCGUGACCGACCUGUCCGUCAGCGCUAACGCCACCAGCAGCCUGUCAUUCCACUGGACUCCACCAGAGGGAGAGUUUCAGCUCUACGAGGUCUUCCUCUACAACAGCGAUGAAUUUCUGCAGGAGCGACGCCACAUCCAGUCCGGCAGUCAGCAGUGCUCCUUCCAGGGCCUCAGACCUGGAGCCCGGUACAGGGUGGUGGUUCGGAUCCACAGCGGAGAUCAGACCAACCAGACGUCCAUCUGGGCAAGGACAGUCCCAGCAGCUGUGGCGUCUCUGAGGCUUCAGCCUGGAAACCAGUCUGACGCUCUGUGGGUGACGUGGGACUGUGGCGUCGGUGAUCUGAGCGGAUACCUGCUGACCCUCUACAACCCUGACGGAUCCCAGCAUGCCGAGCACCGCCUGGGGUCAGAGGUCACAGAGUUCAUCUUCUCAGGCCUGGUACCGGGUCGACUGUACAGAGCUGAGGUCCUGAGUCUGAGCGGAGAGCUCAGCAACAGAACCGACGCCGUGGGCCGGACCGCUCCCAGACCUCCCACCUCCUUCCUGUUUGGGGGGGUCACCAACACUUCCCUGGAGAUCACCUGGACUGGUCCCGUUGACUCCGACUACGAUGACUUCGACCUGCAGUGGACUCCUCCGGACCGACUGUCAGUCAUCAAUCCGUACCAGAGCCGGGUCUCCGGGAGCCGCAUCCUGAGAGGGAUGUUCCCGGGACGACUCUACAAGUUCAGCCUCCGCACCAUCAGCGGGACCACGGGGCCCGGGACCACCCCCACCUUCAGCACACCCAUCCACAACAGCAUCCGAACCAAACCAGAGAGAGUCCACGGCCUCCACUGCCGUCCUCAGAGGUCCACCUCCAUCUCCUGCUCCUGGGCGCCCCCAGAGGCCGACUACGAUUUCUACACUAUCGAGUGUCUCCACCAGGACUCCCAGACCUUGGUCUACUCCCGACGCACCGGCCGGAACUCAACCAGCUACGUCAUCACUGACCUAGAGCCCCACAAACUCUACACCAUCUCCGUAAAGGUCAUCUCGGACAGCACGACCAGCGACGAGGCUCGGGACAGCGUGGUCACCAUGAUCGACCGUCCCCCCCUCCCUCACCCCUCCACCCGUGUCAGUGACCAAUCAGCUGUUGUCUCCACCUCCUCCAUCUCCUUCCACUUCAACUGUAGCUGGUUCAGUGACGUCAACGGAGCCGUCAGGUUCUUCACCGUGGUGGUCACCGAGUCUGAAGGUGUGGAUAACGUGCAGCCGGAGCAGCGCCACCCUCUGCCGUCCUACCUGGACUACAAAUCCAACAGCUCCAUCAGGUCCUACCAGACCAGCUACUUCCCCAGCCGCUGCACCCACACCAGCACCCACAUCUUUGACAUCCGCCUGGGGACCAGCAUGGACUCACUGGGGGGACCCUGUGAUCACAGAGGGAAGGACAUGGACCCCGAGUUCAGCAGAACCCGGAUCCACUUCUGUGAUGGACCACUGAACCCCAAAACCGCCUACAGGAUCAGCAUCCGAGCUUUCACUCAGCUGUUUGACGAUGAAGACUUGUCCAGCGUCUCCUCGUCCGGCGUCUCCUUGUCUCCUCUGUUCACGGACACCUUCAUGUCUCUGCCCAUCACUACAGAGGCCGAGCCUCUGAACGGAGUCAUCGAAGGUGUCAGCGCUGGACUCUUCCUCAUCGUCAUGGUCGUAGGAAUCAGUGCUCUGCUGGUCUGUAGACACAGGGCUCACAAACAGGUGGACGAGAGGCCAGUAGUCAGGAUGAGAUCAACAGGAGGAGUCCAGCUGGGAGUCAGAGGCAGUCGUCAAAUCUCCAGUCCCAUCAAGAUCUCGAACUUUGAGUGUCACUACAACAAACUCCAGGCCGACUCCAACUACCUGCUGUCAGAGGAGUAUGAGGACCUGAAAGACGUCGGUCGUAAUCAACCUCUGGACUCGGCUCUGCUGCCGGAGAACCGCGGGAAGAACCGGUACAACAACAUCCUGCCCUACGACUCUACAAGGGUGAAGCUGUCCUAUGUAGACGAUGAUCCCUGCUCUGACUACAUCAACGCCAGCUACAUCCCAGGUAAUAACUUCCGUCGGGAGUACAUCGCCACUCAGGGUCCUCUGCCGGGAACCAAGGAUGAUUUCUGGAAGAUGGUGUGGGAGCAGAACGUCCACAACGUGGUGAUGGUCACACAGUGUGUUGAGAAAGGCCGGGUGAAGUGUGAUCACUACUGGCCGUUUGACCAGGACCCUCUGUACUACGGAGACCUGAUCGUUCAGAUGUUGUCAGAGUCGGUUCUACCCGAGUGGACCAUCAGAGAGUUCAACAUCUGUAGCGAGGAGCAGCUGAGCUUUAACCACCUGGUCCGACAGUUUCACUACACGGUGUGGCCCGACCACGGCGUUCCAGAGACCACUCAAUCCCUCAUCCAGUUCGUCCGAACUGUCCGGGACUACGUCAACAGGACUCCUGGGUCUGGACCCACUGUCGUCCACUGCAGUGCCGGUGUGGGUCGUACUGGGACGUUCAUCGUUCUGGACCGAGUCCUGCAGCAGCUGGACACCAAGGAUACAGUGGACAUCUAUGGCGCUGUCUUUGACCUGAGACUCCACCGGUCACACAUGGUGCAGACUGAGGGUCAGUAUUCGUACCUCCAUCAGUGUGUCCGGGAUGUCCUGAGAGCCAGGAAGCUUCGCAGUGAGCAGGAGAAUCUUUUCCACUCGGUCCUGAGGACCUGAACCUCCAGCUGAGAGACAUGAUGAAGAAACAUGGACGUCUAUUUUUGUACUAAUGUUCAGAUAUGAAGAGAAACUUUAUGAUAAUUUAUAUAAUGUGUCUGUAUAUAUUCUCUGUUACUCCAACGUGAUACUGCACAACCUGUAAAUGUGGUGAAGCUCAUUAAACAGCUCAUGUAGAAACA